AUGUCGAAGAAAUUUGAUCGACAAUUAGAUAAAGCGACGGAUUCAACAUUAAUUGAUCCAAACUGGGAGGCUAUUUUAGAAUGUGUUAAUUUAAUUCGAAGCGGUGAAGCACUGAAAAAUGCCGUGGCUUCAAUUCGAAAACGAUAUCAUAACGAGAAUCCUCAUGUCGCACAUCACGCUCUUUUGGUUCUCGAAGCUUGUAUGAAAAACUGUGGUUCAAAAUUUCACGCUGAAGUGGCUACGAAGGAUUUCAUGGAAGAUUUGAAAAAUUUAUCAUUGGACAGUACUCCUGAUAAGGUGAAAAACAAGAUCUUAGAAUUGUUGCAAUGCUGGGCCGUUGUGUUUAAAAAUAAGCCUGAAUAUAAAAUUGUGGUAGAUACGCAUAAUUUGAUGAAACUUGCUGGAUUUGAUUUUCCCAAAAUUUCUGAAGCAGAUGCUAUGUUUGUCGCUGAAAGUGCACCUGAAUGGGUGAAUGGUGAUGAAUGCUUUAGGUGUCGUACGGCAUUUGGUCUAAUUACUCGAAAGCAUCAUUGCCGAGCCUGUGGACAAAUUUUCUGUGAUAAAUGUAGUAGCAAGCAAAGCUACCUACCUCAGUUUGGAAUUGAGAAAGAGGUGAGGGUUUGUGAUGGUUGCUUUGAUAAAACACCUUCGGGAAAGAAGAAAUUACCUAUUGAUGCUUCAACACCAUCUAAAAACAAUUCUGUUUCUGAUCCUAAAAAAUUGGCUGAGAUUCGUGAGCGUGAACUUGAACAGGCAGAAGAAGAUGAAAUUAAUUUAGCUAUUGCUCUCAGUCAAUCGGAAGCAGAAGCCAAAGUUCUAGCUUUUAUUAUAUUGGCAAACAAUCACAGACAGGUUAGUCAUAGAAUCUAUUUACACCGUUUAAUGCAUUCGUUUUAUGUUACCAUAAUGGAUAAUCGAAUACGAUCAAACACUGCUCGAAAUCGUUCCAUUGUAAAUGAUACGGCGAUACAGUCAUUAUUCAUUCGUUUAACAGAAAUGCAUGCGCAAGUGAUGGCUCGAAUGAACAAGCUUGAAGAUCAAAGAACAUAUUUUGAGUCGCUGCAAGAUCAUUUGGCACAUAUACAAGAAGCCCGCCAAGCGGUGAACGCUCUCAGGGAAGAACAUGAACGACAAAAACAGGAGCGCGCAUUAGAAGAACAACGAAAUAGACAGCGUCAAAUGCAACAAAAAGUGGACUUAAUGAGACAAAAGAAGCAUGAAAUGCUAUUCCAUCAGCGUCAUUUAGCGCUACUUCGCUUCCAACAGCAAGAGCAAGAAAUAAAAAUGAAACGAAUGCAAAUCCAACAAAAUGCUCAACCAGUUAGACCGAAUGGCAUCUCUUCAUUCGUACAAAAUGAUACUGAACCACAACCUUUUAAUUCUACUGGUUAUUACCAAACAACCCAACCAUUUUAUGUCGAUUCUGCAAAUAAUGGUCCUUAUGUUGCUUUUUUCUAA